CUUUCGUCGGGGAAGAACGAGAACGUGCGUGCGGUAAAUUAUCGACUAUCUGCUCAGUUUUAUUGAAUUGUGUUCCGGUUGAAGCGAUUUCGUGCAGGUUCUCCGUAUCGCAGCCGCCGAGUCUCUUCAGUGUGUGCUCGGUGCAAAUUUUCCACGCCUCAACAACAACAAAAAAAACCGGCGCAGAGCUUCGUGGUCCUGGCGACGUUUUUUUUGCUCCCCUGGAGUUUGUGACAGAACGGUGCCGCGCGAAGUGCGUCGUGUUGAGUGUGUUGGUGCGAGCGCAGCGCUGUGUCUGUGAAGCAAGGACUCGCUGCCUACUUGGAGCUCCUGGAGUAUUUGCGUCCUGUGCCGUUAUCCUGCGCGCGCGAGAGAGAGAGAGAGCGCGCCAGUGAUAGCAGUGUGUGCACGUGCUCCGUUCCGGUGUGAGAGAUCGUCCUUGUUGUCUGCCGUGAUUUGCUAGCGCUGUGCGGUGUGUGUGCCUGUGUUGCGGAGAAUCGUCCACGCUAGCACAGGACAGGAAGUGCCAGAUCGCGUUUGCCAAGUCGCUCCUUUGAUCCUUCCUGAACGGCCACCCAUGGCCUUCCUGCGUACGGUCUCGCGUUGCAAUGGGCUGGUGCCCCGCAAGGUGACCAGUCCCUCGGCGUCCAGCGCCAUCGGUGGCCGGUGCCAAACGUACUCACGAUCGGAGCAGUUCCUGCGACAGUAUGGCCAGGCGGCCGGUGCCCGUCUGCCCAGUGCCCUGCUGGCCGCUCUCAACCACCGACUGCACGCCCUGGAAGCUCACGGACCGGCGGCCGCCGGUGCCGAAGCGCGACGAUGGCGCUCGACCUCGGUGGCAGCGGACACACCGGCAGGAGUAAGGGCCAGCGCGGCCCACCACCAGCAGCAGGACAACAACCCCUCCAGCAGUCCGCCGGCCCGUGACCCGCUGGAUGUCGGGUUCAACGAUCCGAAUGCGGCGUUCAAGAGCAAAACCACCUUCGAACUGAUCCGUGCGUACCUCGUGUACGUCCUGUGCUCGUCCGAGUUUCUGGUGGAGAACAACAUGCGGCUCAUGAAAGUGACGCAAGCCGUGCUCGGCGAAAAGCUCUUUACGCUGCUGAUGAAGUACACCUUCUACGGCCAUUUUGUGGCUGGCGAAGAUCAGGUCAAGAUAGUGCCGACGCUGGAAAGAUUGCGCUCGUUUGGCGUGAAACCCAUCCUUGACUACUCGGUGGAGGAAGAUCUGUCCCAGGAGGAGGCCGAAAAGCGUGAAGUCGAAGCUUCACUGUCGUCCACGGGGACGAACCUGUCCGGCGAUGCCGAUUCGCUGCCGCAGUACAGCGUCGAUAAAACGUUCGCCGAUCGGCGCUACAAGGUGCAGAGCGCAAGGACCUACUUCUAUCUCAAUGAGGCUACCUGCGAGCGCAACAUGGAAACGUUCCUCGAGUGUCUCGAUGCCGUCAAAGGCGCCACCUUCGGAACGGGUAUUACGGCCAUUAAAUUGACUGCCCUCGGUAGGCCACAGCUGCUACUUCAAGUGUCGGAAGUAAUUAUGCAGGCUCGCCGUUACAUGAUGGACCUGGCUGGUGGCACCGGAAACAUCCUGACACAUCACAAAACCAUCAAGGAUCUCGAGCGUUACCUCGGUAAUGUGGCUGACAAGAAGGAAGUGAAGGAGUUCCUCACGAAAGUGACUUCGGAUAACGACGGCAUUCUCCAUCUGUUCCCGUGGAGUGGCAUCAUUAACGAGGACUGUCAGCUGAGCGAAUCGUUCCGCGUGCCGGACCCGGUCACCGGACAGAUGCGUCGUUUGAUCUCAAAGAUUCCCCCCAAAGAGGAGGAGAUGUUCCGUAACAUGAUUCGACGCUUGAACACUAUCGUCAAGACUGCCCAAGAUUUGGACGUGCGUAUUAUGAUUGACGCCGAGCAGACGUAUUUCCAACCGGCCAUCUCGCGUAUCACGCUCGAAAUGAUGCGAAAGUACAACACGGAAAAGGCCAUCGUGUUCAACACGUACCAGUGCUACCUGAAGGAUACGUAUAAGGAGGUGUGCACUGAUCUUGAGCAAGCAAAGCGACAAAACUUUUACUUCGGUGCGAAGCUGGUGCGCGGUGCGUACAUCGAGCAGGAGCGAGCCCGUGCUGCCGCCCUUGGGUACGACGAUCCCACGAACCCGUCGUUCGAGGCGACCACCGAGAUGUACCACAAGACGCUGACGGAGUGUCUCAGAAGAAUCAGGAUUCUCAAGGACGCCAAGAUGGAUCCGAAGAAGAUUGCCAUCAUGGUAGCAUCGCACAACGAGGACACGGUCCGGUUUGCCAUCGAGAAAAUGCAGGAGAUCGGAAUCCAUCCGGAGGAUAAGGUGAUCUGUUUCGGUCAAUUACUGGGCAUGUGUGACUACAUCACGUUCCCGCUCGGUCAAGCGGGCUACUCAGCCUACAAAUACAUCCCGUACGGUCCGGUCAACGAAGUGCUGCCCUACCUAUCGCGGCGAGCACAGGAAAACAAGGGCGUGUUGCAGAAAAUCAAAAAGGAAAAGCGUCUCCUGCUGUCUGAAAUCACCAAGCGGCUAGCGAAGGGUCAGCUGUUUUACAAACCGCAGGGCAAAUACGUCCCGAUCUAAGGCGGCGCUCGAUCGAUCAAGCAGCAUCAACACACACAGCCACAAACACACAGUACUACUCCACCUUAGUCCGUAGGCAACAGAUCGUUACAACCCUCGUACCUCUCCUCUAAAGUCUAUUCACCCUUCCUCCAUUUUGCGGAAGGUUGCGAUCGAACAGAAGCGAUCGUGCUUUGCGGGCAAACGAACCGAUCGGUCGGUGCACCUCCGUCCUUGGACAACUCCGUAGAAUGCGCGCCAAGGCUAUUCAAAAUAGUGGCGGUUCUUAGGAGAGGCUUCCCUUAUUUAACAACUUCUACUGCCCCGGAUGCGCCUCGUUUCAUCGAUCGCAGAUCGCCUCGCCGAAUCUUUGGUUUGGCCCUGAUGCCAAUGCUGCUGCGUGCCGUGGUGAAACGCCCGGUACAUUUCGAUCCUUCGUUUUCCGUUGUCCGGUCCGUUAUGGUUUCGGUUUGCUUUUUUCAACAAACAAACGCGAGCGCGCUGCUGGAGGCUCUUUAAAAGUAGGAAGCAAACGGAGAAAGAGAGAGCGAGAGAGCGAGUAAAGAUGCUAUAGUUUAAAAUAUAACAAUUUGUGAUCUACGGUAGCGACGGCUUUUGGUUGGUGGCAAUUGCCAAUGCCAUCUUCGAAUCCCCCACCCGAUACGGUAUUCCGACUGGCCAUCCCUGUUUCUCCGACACCGUUUCGCGCAAGACACCAUCAAACCAUCGAACACCCAUGAAUCUGAGUUAGCUGAUUAAACCCAUUAAAAGAAGCCCCGAUGCGUGGUUGUUGAGGGUUGUGUGUAACGUCGAUUAAUCUCAAGCCAGUAUUGAGAUUUCCGUGUGUCCGUCUGUGCGAGCGGAUGCGCCUAGAAUCCGCCCCUAGAGUGAAUGUUAGUAUUAUGCUUAGAACGAGAACGUCACAAGGCAGGCAAACACUAGCCCUCCCGCAACCGGGGGUGGGCGCAAGGGCCUCGCGAUACUGUGUCCCAAGAGCGUGAAUCGACGGAGAAAGAUCUUACGCCCGGUGAAGAAGAAGAACACAAUACACACCUUAAAAAACUGCUGACAAUAAAUCGACUAUGAAAUACGCGAGUAGAGCUGAUGGUAACCGUAAGGUGGUGAGGAUCACGAUCCGGGGUUGGAUUGUUGAAGGCUUGUCAAAUUAAAUUUAAUUUUACGAACGCAUACGAGCAGGCUGAAUCCCUGUGGCGGCCGAAUGCAACGGCAGGACGAACGUCGAACAGAACUAGGAAAAAUUUUAGGUGGAACGUUAAUAUCAUAUAUAAAUGUGUGAAUAAACAUAUAAACAAACGAAAACCACACGAAACCACAUACCGACAACAAAAAACAAACACACAAACGAAAGCGAACAGUUUCUGAAAGUUCUAAAUAAAUGUUUACACGUUCCCGGCGAUCCCAGCCCAGCCCCGGGCCGGAGAGGAACUGAAGCCCCGAAUAAUGGAUUAUGGAAUGGUUAAAAAGAAGUACAUGAAACCAACCUAUGCUAGUGAUGAUUAUUAUAGUGUGUAAAGCCCUGAACAGCUGAAGCCGUCACGGCAACAAAGUUGGUGUGUUUUCAAACUUUUCGAUGUGAACCGAGAAGGAUUAGAUUGGGAUGAUGGCCACUCUCGUGAGACGCGAACGCGAAGCUUAUUCACCGCAAAGUAUCCCUAACUGUGUGUGAUUUCGCGCAUUUGUUGCGGUUGGCGCAAGUGUUCCGUUGAUAUUGAAAUCUCUCUGAUCGUGUAUGGGUGUGUAAAAAAUUCUGAGGCAAACAAUAAACGUAAU